UCGGCGAGGCGCGAGGGCCGAGCCCUCCAAGCUCGUAAACGCCAGGGCCGCCAGCCUCCUCCCCGGGUCCGCGGGCCGCCAAUAUAAGGCACGGAGCGACCUGGGGACUCCAGCCUACCGCUGCCCUUGCCGCCGCCACCACCAUGUCCUGCUUCUCGUCCCGCCAGAGUUCCGCCUGCGGCGUCCGCGCCUUCAGCUGCGCCUCGGCCUGCGGACCCCGGCCCGGUCGCUGCUGCAUCACCGCCGCCCCCUACCGCGGCAUCUCCUGCUACCGCGGCCUCACCGGGGGCUUUGGCAGCCGCAGCGUGUGCGGGGGCUUCCGCGCCGGCUCCUGUGGACGCAGCUUCGGCUAUCGCUCAGGCGGCGUGUGCGGGCCCAGCGCCCCCUGCAUCACCACAGUGUCUGUCAAUGAGAGCCUGCUGACGCCCCUCAACCUGGAGAUCGACCCCAACGCGCAGUGCGUCAAGCACGAGGAGAAGGAGCAGAUCAAGUGUCUCAACAGCAAGUUCGCAGCCUUCAUCGACAAGGUGCGCUUCCUGGAGCAGCAGAACAAGCUCCUGGAGACCAAGUGGCAGUUCUUCCAGAACCGCAAAUGCUGCGAGAGCAACCUGGAGCCGCUGUUCAGCGGUUACAUCGAGUCCCUGCGGCGGGAGGCCGAGUGUGUGGAGGCCGACAGCGGGCGGCUGUCCUCGGAGCUCAACCACGUGCAGGAGGCACUGGAGGGCUACAAGAAGAAGUACGAAGAGGAGGUGGCACUCAGGGCCACCGCUGAGAAUGAAUUUGUGGCCCUGAAGAAGGACGUGGACUGUGCCUACCUCCGCCGCUCAGACCUGGAGGCCAAUGUGGAGGCGCUGACCCAGGAGAUCGACUUCCUGCGGCGUCUGUAUGAGGAGGAGAUCCGCGUCCUCCAUGCCCACAUCUCAGACACCUCGGUUGUGGUCAAGAUGGACAACAGCCGGGACCUCAACAUGGACUGCGUCAUCGCUGAGAUCAAGGCUCAGUACGACGACAUUGCCACCCGCAGCCGGGCCGAGGCCGAGUCCUGGUACCGCAGCAAGUGUGAGGAGAUGAAGGCCACAGUGAUCCGACAUGGGGAGACCCUGCGCCGCACCAAGGAGGAGAUCAACGAGCUGAACCGCAUGAUCCAGAGGCUGACGGCCGAGGUGGAGAACGCCAAGUGCCAGAACACCAAGCUGGAGGCAGCUGUGUCCCAGUCUGAGCAGCAGGGUGAGGCAGCCCUGAGCGACGCCCGCGGCAAGCUGGCAGGACUGGAGGAGGCCCUGCAGAAGGCCAAGCAGGACAUGGCCUGCCUGCUCAAGGAGUACCAGGAGGUGAUGAACUCCAAGCUGGGCCUGGACAUUGAGAUCGCCACCUACCGCCGCCUGCUGGAGGGCGAGGAGCACAGGUUGUGUGAGGGCGUCGGAGCCAUCAAUGUCUGUGUCAGCAGCUCCCGAGGUGGGGUCGUAUGCGGGGACCUGUGCGUGUCGGGCUCCCGGCCAGUGACGGGCAGCGUGUGCAGCGCCCCCUGCACCGGGAACGUGGCCGUGAGCACCGGCCUGUGCGCGCCCUGCGGCCAGAGCUGCGGCAGCGGCCGCUCAGUGCGCUUCGCAUAGUGCCUCCACCCGGCCUGCCUCCCGCCAGCUCGCAGUCCCCGCCCCUGCGUGCAAGUGUGCGUGUGUGCCUGCCUGCGGCAUCUCCGGCCUCCAAAGGACCGUCCCCAACCCAGGCUUGAAGAGGAAGAGAUCCCCCCAACGCCACUCCCUGCACCUGGCUGCGGCCCCGCCUGCCAUGCUGUC